UUAAAAUCUUUUUAUUUUAAGGAAAAAUCUGAGAACUGAAAAAUCUAACCAUUUUGUUUUUGUUGGAUUCUCUCAGAUUCCAGAGAUCGAGACUUUGUAAUACGUGCGGACAUCUAAUUUAGAUUUACUACUAGGUCUCUGUUCUCUGUUUCUUACAUACUUUGCUUCUUAUUCUUUGUAAUACGCUUGAAGCUUUUUAUUUGUUUUUGGAAAUGUCGUCACCGGACAUUGUCGGAAUUCUGGAAAACACGAAGGAGCUUGAUCGGUUAAGGAAAGAACAAGAAGAAGUGUUGGUUGAGAUCAAUAAGAUGCAUAAGAAGCUUCAAGCUUCUCCUGAGAUAGUUGAGAAGCCUGGUGAUAUCUCAUUGUCAAAGCUUAAAAAUUUAUACAUUCAAGCGAAAGAGCUCUCGGAAAAUGAAGUAACCGUGUCGAACAUUUUGCUUACUCAGUUGGAUUUGCUGCUUCCGUAUGGACCAACCGGCCAGCAAAGGAGAAAAUUAGGAGUGGCAGAAGGCAAUGACCAGAAGAGGAAGAGGAUGAAAGCUGAUUCAGAUGUCAUCAGACUUUCUCCUUCCAUGAGGAAUCAAAUUGAAGCAUAUGCAAGUCUAAAGGGUGAACAGGUAGCUGCGAGAGUUACAGCAGAGAGUGCUGAUAAGGAUGAAUGGUUUGUGGUUAAAGUAAUCCACUUCGACAGAGAAACAAAAGAAGUGGAAGUACUUGAUGAAGAACCAGGAGAUGAUGAAGAAGGAAGCGGUCAGAGGACCUAUAAGUUACCAAUGUCAUGCAUUUUACCAUUCCCCAAACGAAAUGAUCCUUUAACCACCCAAGAGUUUCAACCUGGUAAACACGUCUUAGCUGUAUAUCCCGGGACAACAGCACUCUACAAAGCAACUGUAGUAAGUACCCCACGAAAGAGGAAGUCUGACGAGUACUUGCUGGAAUUCGACGAUGAUGAGGAAGAUGGAGCAUUGCCUCAAAGAACAGUACCUUUCCACAAAGUGGUAGCUUUACCAGAAGGUCAUCGUCAGUGAACGAAAACAACUCGCGGUAUCCAUUGAUCACAUCAGUCUCUUGUAAAUAAAGCUAAAAGCGAGAAAUUCACGAAGAAUUCAGUAAUCAGUCUCCAUGGCAAGACCAAUAAAAAAAAACCGCGGUCUCUUUUAUGUAGUUUCAGAGGGGUAGAUUAAGAUAAAGUUUAUGUUUGUGUGUGCAAUAUAAGUUAAAGCUGUAACCUUUGUGUCAAAGGAGAUGUUGAAUGAGAGAACAAAAGAGAAGCCUUUGUAUCAUUCGCUUCCGAGAAUGUAAAAAACUCUGUUCUUAUGAUAUGGAAUUCAAUGAGUAGUAGAUUUAGACA